GAACUGACUGGCGUUGGCCAGCGAGCGAAAGAUCAAGAAUUAUUAGCAGAUACCCUCUACAUGGCUGGAUCAUGCCUCGAGCAGCUGUGCUGACAGCAGCUAUCUACUUGGUCCUAUAUGGUGCUGUUUGGGCCCUUUGUCUUCUGGGAUGGCGUGCUGCUCAGCGAUACAAAAAGCCGCCCAGGUUGAUCAUGCCUGAAGGAGUACUCGGGGUGACAAUUAUCAGACCUCUGUGCGGUCUCGAUACGAAUCUUUAUAAUGCGCUUGAGAGUACCAUGAAACUCGACUAUCCGAAAUUUGAGAUCUUAUUCACGGUGCAAGAUGAGGAAGACGAAUCCGUUCCGGUGGUCAAAAUGCUCAUGCAAAAGUAUCCCGAUGUGAAGACAAGACUCAUUAUCGAUCCUCGGAAUGUUGGUGUCAACCCCAAGAUCAAUAACCUCCUGGGUGCUUUCGAGCAGGCUCAGUACGACUUGCUCUGGGUCGUAGAUGCCACAAUAUCAUUUGUGCCCGGGAUAUUGCGACAGAGUGUCGAGGCGUUCAUCGGGCAGAGAGAUGUUGAGGCUGCACAUAUCGCACCUCAGAGAGGAGACGUUGGACUAGUUCACCAUGUGCCAUUUGCCGUUGCACAUCAAAGAACAUGGGGUAGUCUUGUCGAACAAGCCUUCCUCAACACGACCCACGCGAAGAUGUACCUGGCCAUCAACACGUUGGCAAUUGACUCCUGCGUCAUGGGCAAAUCGAACUUGUAUUCCAGGACAAACAUCGCCGCUCUCUCUACCCCUUCCCAGACCUUGCGGAAUCUUUCCGAGCCUCCUUCUGGCCUGGCUGCAUUCGCACCGUUCCUCGCCGAAGACAACAUGAUCGCAUUGGCGCUCUGGCACCAGCUCGGUCUGCGUCAUGCCAUGACCUCAGACGUGGCUCUUGACUUUCUGGGAUCUCUUUCCAUCUGGGAUUAUGUUCAGAGGCGCGCCCGAUGGAUCCGUGUCAGGAAGAGGAUGACUCCAUUCCUCGUUGUCGCCCUCGAGCCGUUCACAGAAUCGAUCUUGUCGGGACUAUGUGCAGCCUGGGCGAUGAACAACCUGUUCCACUGGUCUGCCAGCCUUGUAUUCGUCUGUCACAUGUCGGCGUGGAUCAUUGUGGACGUUGCUGUCUGUCGUGCACUCGAGCGCAAUGUGACGUCUACUGGAGUGUCUCUUGCCGCUUGGGUCUUACGAGAAGCUUUGGCGUUGCCGAUUUGGAUAUAUGGGAUAUGUGGCAACACCAUUGUUUGGCGAGGAAGGCGAUAUAGAGUUCUCAGUUCGGGUGAAGCCAAGAUAGCAUAGACCUAAUUAUAGACAGGGUGUAUCUUACGUACUGUAUGUGUAGAGUCUUGUACUGGGAAUGCGAUGCUUAGAGUGAGGCCAGGUUCGCCACCAACUGCAAGAUUGAUAGCGGGCGGCCAACGCCGAUUUUGAUGAUGCACAUCAUGGUUCCCCACCUUGCAGAUCCCC